CACGCCGCUCGCGCAAGGAUCCAUGGAGCGUUCCUAAUUCAAAAAUCGAACUUUCAAACUGAAAUGGAACGUUUUGUAAAAUAAAACAUGGAAAAUAUGAAGUUGUGUGUAGUUAGUGCGAUUGUGUUGUGUGGUUUCGUUCAAGGAUUCGUGGACGACACAAGCAUCCCCAGGAUAACCAAACUAUGCUGCGACCAGGGUACUUCCUACGCCAGACAGCACACGUCUGAAGACUGCUCAUCAUCAGCGCCACCUCCUGUGGCGCGGGACCUAGGUCCUCUGUGCCUGUAUGCCAUGGAUGCUUGCUGCAAGCAGUAUUUCCAAAAGAAAAAAGACUGCGAUACAGGUCUGGAAAUUGCAACGAGCACACAGAAUUGUGAUGGGACCAAAGACACAGCACAGACAUGCUGUAACGAGUGCAGAAGAGGAGUAGAAGCAGCAAACAGCGGUAGCUCCUGUACAGCGCCUGAGGGCGAGAGUCAGGACCAAUUGCUGUCUGGAGACGCCUUUAAGCAGUGUUGUGUGAAAACUGUUGACCACAACAAGAAGAUGCACAUAGAGCCUCUGAACCACACCACAGCGGGCAAACCAGCGCCUCAUGUGUACCCCGCCAUACCUUCAUCUAAAGAAGUAUCAUCUCUGUGCGAAGAGUAUGCUCCGAACGAGUUGUGUGCCCACCACUGCAUCCCUGUACCAGAGUCGUAUAAAUGUGAAUGCAACCCAGGAUACAAGCUCAUGCCUGAUGGAAAGAACUGUAAAGAGGUGACAAAGAAUCGCUGCAAACCGCGAAACCCUUGCCAGCAUAAGUGUUACGACAACGGUGGAGAAGAUGUCCAGUGUUCUUGCAAACGGGGGUACGAGCUGAUGGCUGAUGGAAAAAGUUGUCAAGAUAUAGACGAAUGCACACACGAUCCGCCUGUGUGCCUCUCCGGCACGAAAUGCUACAACGUCCACGGCUCCUACAAGUGCAUUCCUGUGAAGAAUCAUGCUGCUGAGAAGGGCCAGUGUCCUCCAGGGUUCACCAGGAAUCUGGUUAACUUUGCUUGUGACGAUGUCAACGAAUGCCUCCUCCCGAACCCUCCCUGCCCGUCAUACCUCUGCGAGAAUACGAUAGGAGGGUAUAAGUGCGACGGCGUAUCGGGAGACCCGGCUAACCUGGCCAACAGACCGAGAGUGGCUGAAGAGAGAUGCCCCACUGGAUUCAAGACUGGCAUGAAUGAGGAGUGUGAUGAUGUGGACGAGUGUGCAGAGCACAAAGACGAUUGCAACCAUCUCUCCCAGUUCUGCAUCAACACCCACGGCUCCUUCUACUGCCAGGAUCAGGCUUCCAAAUACUGCCCGCCGGGAUUCAAGAUUAACCCUCGGACGAACAGAUGUGAAGAUAUCAACGAAUGCGAAGACGAAGAGUUAUGUGGAGAUUUGGCCUGCACCAAUCUGUUAGGACAAUACACGUGCCAAGCGAAACGGGACAGGAAAAAAAAUCAAUGUCCUGAUGGUAUGCGUAUUAGAAGAGGAACAAGCAUUUGCGAAGAUAUCGACGAAUGCCUAGAAGGCACGCACCUCUGCGACCAGUACCAAACCUGCCACAACACGAAUGGGAGCCACGAAUGUCGGUGCAAGCAGGGCUUCGAAGCUGAUAUGUUGACUGGAGCAUGUGUCGAUAUCAACGAAUGCGCAUCUGAAAGCCACGACUGCAUUCCUCAGUCGCAGCGCUGUGAUAAUACUGUGGGGUCGUAUCUUUGCAUCAGAAUCACGUCUUGUGGUACUGGCUACAUUCUUCAACACGCUUCAGGACAGUGUGAAGAUAUAAACGAGUGUGCGCUCGGCCAGGACGACUGCAAGCGUCUUGGACCCAACUUCAAAUGCGUGAACAUCCCUGGAUCCUUCCGAUGCUCCAGAGUUCUCCCCAGCACCACCACUACUACUUUGAACCCGGACUAUGAAUAUUAUUAUGAUUCCGACGAAGACGAAAUCAAUGGAACUCUUCCAGAAACGACCAGCGAAAGACCAGAGCCAACUACUCCCAAACCAGAACCAACCUCUCCCAAACCAGAACCAACCUCCCCCAAACCAGAACCUACACAAACUAGUCCUCCUCCACCCACAACAUCCUCAACAACCCCGGAACCCAGAUCAGAACGCCCUGAAGACAACUUCGUCUUCACAGAUAAAGACCCAGACACCAGAGACUUCAACUUAAAACCAUUACCAACACCAUCUACUUACUACGAAACUAGUCAAGAACCAGAAAAACCUAAAGAAGAAAUACCACAAGAGCCCGAACCUAAACCUGAAGAAAUACCAAGAAUACCUGAUGUAGUCGAACCUCGACAACCUGAUCUAGUUGAACCACCAGUUCCUCUACCACCAGAAGUUAAAAUACCACCAAGUGGUCCUAAAAUAGUUUUUCUUAAUAAGAAAGAUGAAGAAACGGCGACAGUAGCGGCAGAGAGGAGGAAAGAUGGUUCAGUGUUUGUUGAUACGCAGAAUUUGCCGGAAGGAGAGUGGACGAAGAUCAAUGCGGAGCCUGUUCAGUGCCAGAUUGGAUUUGAGUUGGAUUCUUUUGGAGCUUGUUUUGAUAUCGAUGAAUGCGCCACAAAUCGCCAUAUCUGCACCAGCUUCGAAACCUGCCGUAACACUAUGGGUGCCUACGUCUGUGACUGUAACGAGGGUUACAAAAGAGACCUGUUCACCGGCAUGUGUGGGCCUAUACCUACAUCAUCUACAACUACUGUCACUACUCCACCUACUACGCAAAGCACAACUGUAGCUACUAAGGCUACUACAUCAAAAUAUGAUUAUUGGGGUCCCCGUCGUAAGUUGCCCAGGCCUUUCCGACCCAGGAUCCGUUGUGAUGUUGGCUACCAUCUUAAUCCUACCACUGACCAGUGUGAAGACGUGAACGAGUGUGUGAACGGCCAGGCUAACUGUGCAGCCGUGGAGAUCUGUGUGAACACGGAAGGCGGCUACCGUUGCGACUGUCCUCCUAACUGGGUGUUAGACGCGACGCGACACAGAUGCGUACCCGCCAAGAACGUGCAAGCUUUCCCGAAUGGGUACGGGAAUGAACCAGUAUAUCAACCGCCAAUCGAGCUGGAACCUCCAGUGAAUAAGGGCACGAAGUACGUGAAGCCGAUAGUGACUGACCUGGGCAACCGACGGAAAGUCGAGUGCCAAUGGGGCUACAGGCUCGGAAUGGACAAUAUCUGUGAAGAUGUUAACGAAUGCGCCACUGGCGAAGCGAAGUGUGGACCCUUGCAAUACUGCACCAAUCUUCCCGGUGGAUACCAGUGCAGUUGUCCUAAAGGACACAGACUUGCUGGCGACCACGAGUGUGCUGAUGUAGAUGAGUGUGCCUUAGCUGGUAAACCAGCUAGGAUAAUAUCGAUAUGCUCUCAAAAUGCCAAUUGUGUGAACACUGUUGGCUCCUACCAGUGCCAGUGCCACAAAGGGUUCAGAUCAGCUCCCGCCAACGACAAGGUGUGUGUCGACGUAGAUGAGUGUUCAGAGUCUCCGACGGGCUCUCUGUGUGAGCAGCGCUGCAAUAAUGUCUGGGGCGACUAUAAGUGCUCCUGCCAUAGAGGCUACAGACUGAACAAGGACAACAGAACGUGUUCCGACGUGGAUGAGUGUACGGAAUACAAGUCCAAGAUCCUCUGCAUCGGACGCUGUGUCAACGAGCCUGGAAGCUACAGGUGCACUUGUCCAGCCGGUUACAGACUCUCUGAAGAUAAGAGGAGUUGUGUUGAUAUUGACGAGUGUGAGACAGGCGAAGCCCCCUGCGCCAGCACAGCGGGGACGGUCUACGGAGGUGUCAGCGAUGUCUGCCUCAACACUCGGGGCGGGUACCGCUGUGAGAGGAUAACUUGCCCUAGGGGGUACCAGCUGGAGAGCAAGCACCGGUGCACGAAGAUCGAGAAGGUGUGUGCACCCACAGACUGGGAGUGCGCACAUCAGCCCACGACUUACUCCUUCAAUUUUAUCACCUUCGUGUCCAAGUUAUACAUUCCUGAUAAUAAGGUGGAUCUAUUCACAAUGAAAGGACCCGCGUGGAAAGACGUGAGAGAAAACUUCGAGCUCCGAUUGAAGGACGUCAACGCACCGCCUUCAGUCAAGGACAAGGCUGACAUCAACGCCUUUCUAUUAACUAAAAUCGGCCACCAGGGUAUGGUGUCCCUCGUUCGCCCGCUGCAAGGCCCUCAGAGCAUCGAGCUUGAAUUGUCCAUGGAACUGUACAGUGGCGACAUCUUCGGUGGCAUUGCUGUCGCUAAACUGUUUAUCUUCGUGUCCGAACACGAGUUCUAGUCAGUCAUUACUCCCUCCAUUUAUCGGAAAAAGCCGAUAAAAAAUAGUGUAGUCACUCCGCACGUAAGAAGUGAAACUUUGUAACAUAAUCUUAAAAACAUUUUUUUUAUACUACGUCGGUGGCAAACAAGCAUACGGUCCGCCUGAUGGAAAGCGGUCACCGUAAACUAUGGACGCCUGAAACUCUAGGAGUGUCACAUGCGCGUUGC